AUGGAAGAUAUUUGGAAUCAAGUCAAAUAUUUAAUCACCAAUAAAGAUUUAUCAUAUUUACAACAAUCACAACAACAUCAAUUAAUACAGCAAAUACCAAAUUACUCAUUUAUUCCAAAUUCUAUUGUUAAAUUUUGGUAUCUGAAAUCAUCUAAUCAGCAGAAAUUAUUAUUAUUGAAUUUGUUACUUUUAUCAGCAUCAAUUUAUAUUUUAUUACCUUCAUUACCAUUUAGUAAUCAACAAAGAAUGUUUUCAAAACGUCCAGAUAAGAAUAUUACAGGUUUAAUUAAUUUAAGAAAUGAUUGUUUUGCAAAUUCUUCAUUACAAGCUUACUCUUCUUUACCUUCAUUGACUGAAUAUUUAAACAAAUUUAUCACCAGUUUUAAUCAAUUGUUCAAAUUUAUAGUAGAUAAGAAAAUUAAUAUUGAUGAAUUAGUUAAAUUAAGACUAGAAUUGAAUAAGAAUUUGCAAAAUUCAAAAUUUAAAUCUGCAAACACAAAAUUCAAUAUUCCAUUGCAUAUUGCCAUGGCGAAAAUGGUUAAAAAAUUACAAGAAACUCAAAUGACUUCAAGAACAAUCAGUGUUUGGACUUUUUUACAUGAAUUGGAAAAUAUAUUCAAUGCCAAAAUAUCAAGAUCACAACAUGAUGCUCAUGAAUUAACACAAUUGAUUAAUGAAACUUUAGAAAAUGAAAAUUUGAAAAUUAAAAGUUUCUUGAGAUUUAUUACAUUAAAUUUACAUACAAUUUUAAGUAAUCAAUUAAUACCAAAAGAUUAUGCUGAAUUAGAGAAAAUUAUAAUACCUGAAUUCCCAUUUGAUGGUUUAAUAUUAAGUCAAAUGACUUGUUUAUCUUGUCAUGGAGUUUCAAAACCUUUAUUUACUCCAUUUGUCAUUUUAACUUUACCUGUUCCAAUGGCUCAGAUUGUUGAAUUGGAAACAUUAUUAGAAGAAAAUGAAAAAGAAUCAAUUGAAGGUUAUCAAUGUUUGAGAUGUAUAAUUAAUAAAAUUCAUGCGAAUGAAGAGCAUAUUACAAGACAAAUUAGAAAUGAUGAAGAAGAGAAAUUUAUCAGAGAAAUUUUUAAAUUACACAGUAAUCCAUCUUUAUGUAUUAAUGAAGAUAUUCCCGAAGCUUUAGAGAAUUAUAUUAAAAAUUAUAAAGUUCAGGGUAUUGAUGUUUCACAAAUUACUUCAACGGUGCAGAAGAAUUCACAAAUUUUGAAACCACCAAAGAUUUUUGGAUUACAUUUAUCAAGAUCCUCGUUUGAUGGUCAAGUUAUAACUAGAAAUUCAUGUAGAGUUAAAUUUACAGAUCAUCUUACAUUAUCUAUUGGCAAAGAAUAUCAUGAGAAAUUAAAACAAUUUCAAAAUAUAGUUCAAAGUGAAGAAGAAAAAAUGAUGGAUAAAAUAUCAUUCUCCGGUAUUUUAACAAAUGAUGAAAAUGAUAUGGAAGAUGAAGAUGUUCAAAGAGGUGAUUUUGAUGAAAAAGGUGAGGAAGAUGAAGAUGAAGAAGAAGUUGAAACUGAUGAUGGUACAGCUACUGAAACUGGUUUAUCAACAGAUGAUUUAGAUGAAGAUGAAACUGAUUUAGAAGAUGGUUCUUCAAUUACAUCACAAGAAUCAAUUCCACAAACUAUCACUACUUCAACAACUAUAAUACCAAAUGAUUCAAAUAAUACCCAAAUAAACAAUGCACCAAUCACUGAUAAACAAACAGAUGAUUUAAAAGAACGUUUUAAAAGAUUCAAAUUCAAUGAUAAUGAUAUUUAUAAAUAUAGAUUACGUGCAGUUAUUAGACAUAUGGGAUCUCAUUCACAAGGUCAUUAUGAAUGUUAUAAACGUAAACCAUUAUUUGUCAAAGAUAAAGAUGGGAAUAUUUUUAAAUUAUCACCAGAAAUUAUGGAUGAUUUAGGUGAUGUUCAUUGUGGAGUCGAACCAGCAAAUAGACGUUCAUCUUCAAGUGGUUCGGAACAUGAUGAAGGAUUUCGUCAUAGAUUUUCAAGUUUAAUGGGUCGUAGACCAUCAGUUAUACAAGCAGAUCCAAAAAAUGUUGAAGAAAUUAUUCAAUCUGGAUUACAAACACCAGCUGAAAUAUUAGUUGAUGAUUUAAAUAAGAAUAAUUUUGAUGAUGCAUUUGCUAGUGCAAAUUUCAAGAAACAAUUUCAUGAACCAAAACAAUCAACAAAACCUAAAGAAAAAGUUAAAAUGAAGAAAAUAAAUUCAUUAAUUACUAAUCCAUAUUGGAGAAUAAGUGAUGCUAAUACAUCUGAAGUUUCAACAGCUUCAGUUUUAGCUGAAGAACAAACAGUUUAUAUGUUAUAUUAUGAAAGAGUAGACAGAAAACAGAUUAGACGUAAUAGAUAA